GGGCGGCCGAGGGGCGGCGGGUCCGGACGGGACGAGCGGAAGCGGUGGGGGGCGCCUGGCACGUCCCGCGUGGCGUGGGCAGCCGCCCCCGAGUCGGCCGCUCCGUGGGCAGCGCGGCGUGAUGCUGCCGGUGGGCGCUUUGCCUCCGGCUCUGCCUUCCUUCCCGGUCUGCGUCCCCGCCGGAGCUGGAGCACGGAGACCCCCCCCACCCCCGAGCAGCCGGGCAACAGCUGGAGGCGGAGCGGGCCGGGGAAAGCCGCUCGGAGCCCCGGGAGGGCAGCCGGGCUGAGAGACAAGGAGCCCUCCCCACCCCUCCCUCCGUUGAGGCCGUCGGAGGGACGGUCUCGCCGCGGCUUGCCCGGGCAGCUGCCUUGGCUCCGAGUCGCUUGGCGAGGGCGGGCACGCUCUGAAGCGGCCCGGGGAAGUCGGGCUGGCGGGCCCGGCCCGGCGUCUGCGAGGGAGGGAGCUCUGCCCGGCGUCGGAUGCGGCCGGUUCCUUGAAGCUCUUUCCCACUCAGGAGGAUCUGAGGAAAUGAAGCCCUCGGUUGCUUACCAGAAGCUCAAGACACUGGAGAGCCCUCAGGAGCUGCUGCCCUUGGCCGAGCAGCCCAGCCAGACUCUGCGCCAGUUCCAUGGCUCUGCACUGGGGACGCCCUGUCACAGUGUCUCCAGGCUGCGUCCUGCAGAGCCACCCAGCCAAUCUACGUCCAUCCUGCCCUGGGAUUUCCAGUGUAUGCUGGUGACGGCCAUUUUAUCCACUGUGCUGGUGGUGGCCCUGGUGGUCCACUCCUUCUUCUUUCCCUUGCACGGUUUGGCCACGUUAGGGCAUGUGGCAUCAGUCCCACAUGUGGAUCACAGAUACAGCGACUCGUGCAGGAGUGUGCUGGUGGAGAGCAUCCCUGAGGGAGUGACAUACGAUGACAACAGCACAUUCAGCCCUUCCACUUUUGAGACUUGGCAAAGCCUUCUGAAAAACGCAAGGAGCUCGGUGGACAUCGCCUCUUUCUACUGGACUCUCAGCAACCAGGACACCCAUACCCAUGAUCCUUCAGCCAGCCAGGGGGAGGAAAUACUGACCGAGCUGCUGCAUGCUACCAGUCGAGGGAUUGCGUUGCGGAUAGCAGUCAACCCGCCUUCUGCCCGGAUGCCCAGUACCGACCUUCAGCUCCUCGAGGAGAGUGGGGCCCAGAUCCGCCAAGUGGACUUACCCAGGCUGACCCGGGGAGUCCUGCACACCAAAUUUUGGAUUGUGGACCAGAUACACAUUUAUCUUGGCAGUGCAAAUAUGGACUGGCGUGCCCUUACACAGGUGAAGGAGCUUGGGGCAGCUGUCUACAACUGCAGCUGUCUGGCCCAGGACUUAGGGAAGAUGUUUGAGGCCUACUGGGCCCUUGGGCUGCCAAACACCACCAUCCCAUCACCCUGGCCAGCCAAUUACUCCACCACCUACAACAAGGAGACGCCCCUGGAUCUGGAACUGAAUGGCACAGAGGCUGCAGUCUACUUUUCGAGUGCCCCCCCAGCCUUGUGUGCCACCGGGCGAACAGACGAUCUCCAGUCCCUGCUGAGCAUCAUUGAAGGGGCCCAGGAGUUUGUCUAUGUGUCCGUGAUGAGUUACUUGCCCACCAUGGAGUUCUCCCACCCCAGGAGGUUCUGGCCAGCCAUCGAUGACCACUUCCGGAAAGUGGCCUAUGAGAAGAGAGUCCGCCUCCGCCUCCUGGUUGGCUGCUGGAGACACUCCAAGCCAAACAUGUUCCCCUUCCUGCGCUCAUUGGCUGCCCUGCAGGACAACCGCACCCACUACAGCCUGGAAGUGAGGCUCUUUGUGGUGCCCGCAAAUGAGACGCAGGGCAAGAUCCCCUAUGCCAGAGUGAACCACAGCAAGUUUAUGGUUACAGACAAGGUGGCUUACAUCGGAACCUCCAACUGGUCCGGGGACUACUUCCUGCACACGGCAGGCUCUGCUCUGGUGGUGGCUCAGAACCCGGCCGGGGACCAAGCCACCCUCCGGGAGCAGCUGCAGCGCAUCUUUGAGCGGGACUGGAACUCCAGAUACAGCCGGGAGCUGGACCCCCAGGGCCAGGGGGAGGCUCUCUGCAGCGCCCGCUAGAGCCCUGCCUGGCGGCCCGGGGAGAGGAGCCUUCGGCCCCGGCCCCCACCCCCGAUGGGCAGAGGGAGGGGGGGAGGGCGGGGUAG